AAACCCUCCAUUACCAAAACACACAGAAAACAAAAGAAAGAGAGAGUUUUGUUCAGAUUCAGAGGAGUCCUCUCCUCUCCUCUCCUCUCUUCUCUUCUCUUCUUCUCCAGCUAAGUUUUUAAUAUUCCAUGGCGGAGGACGUCGUGGACGAAGACGAGAGCUUCGGUGAUUUCCACUUCGCUUCGUUUCCCACCAAUCACCAUCCCACACCAACCCAUAUCAACGGUCGAAUUUCCGAUUCGUUCGGCGGUUCCAACAACCGGGUCGGGUCGGAUAAUUCUGGGUGGGUCAAGCCGCGCGGGGCAAUACCGUUGUCGAUAUUUGGGGAAGAGGAGGAGGAGGAGGAGGAGGAAGAAAAGGAGGAGGGAUCUGGUAUGGACGAGUCUAGAGUUGGUGACGGUGCUACCGUUUUUUCUCUGGAGAAGAAGAAGAAGCCGGAUUUGGAAGUUAAUGAUUUGAUUGCCGAUUUGUAUAGUCGGGAUCGGGAAACCGAGAACCGAAAUGGGUCGGCUGUGAAUUCUAAUGGGUCGGCUUUGAAUGUUAAUGGGUCGGAUUCGAAUGGUAAUAAUGGUUUUAUUGAUGUUGUUGAUGACGAUGACGAUGACGAUGAUGAUGAUGGGUGGGAAUUCAAAGCUGCAGAAUUGGAAUCUGGGAUCGGAAAUGGGGAUUCUAAGUUAAAGGAAGAAGGGGUCUUUGAAUCACCAGGAUUGAAAAUGGAAGCAACAGUGCAGAGAGAUGAAGAAAUCCAGGUUGAUGGGAAAGGGCGGGAAAACACUGAGGGAGCCCAACAUAUAUUUGAGUUUGGCAAUGGUGUGCAUGGUCCUAGUGAUUUCUUUACUGCAUCAAAUGGAUUUUCCCACAGAAGUAGUGAGUGGAGCUUCGGGUUUGAUUUUAACAUGGCUUCAAUGACUAAACAAGAUGCUUUUACCUUGGGUUCAUUCUCUAAAAGUAAGGACAAUGAUAUUGCAAAUGUGGUGACCUCUUCCACAACUAAUAAAAAAGUUGAUUCUGUUGAAAAUUUUUGGGAUUUCAAGGGUGUGUUUCCAAAAAUUGGAUCACAGCAUAAGUCGGAAGAGCAAAAGAUUGCUGUUACAUCUCCUGCCGGUUUAGACGCACUGUCAUUUGACAAUAAUGGCUUCGGUGGUCCUAUUGAUUUAUUUGCCGUAUCAGAUGGGCUCUCUCAAAAAUCUGGGAAAUGGGACUCUGGAUUUAAUUUUGGUCCUAGUUCUGUGAAUGGUAUCGUCUUGGAUUCGUACUCUAAAAGCAAGCAGAAUGAUUUGAUAUCCUCUCCUGGUGAGAAUGAUGGUGCCAGUGGGAAUUUUUGGGAAUUUAAGGAUGCAUUUUCAGAAUCAGGAUCACAACUUAAAUCAGUGAGUCAGGAAGAGCCAAAGGUUGCAGAUAAUUUUCCUACUUCUGCUGGUGUAGCAGUCGUUUAUGAUGUCAAUGGUGCAAGCAAUUCUAAAGAUUCGCUUGUUGCAUCAGAUGGGGUUUCUCACAAAUCUGGGGAAUGGGAGGUUGAAUUUAAUUUCAAUCCAACUUCUGUGACUCAAGAUGAUAUUAUCUUUGGGUCUUACUCUAAAAGCAAACAGAAUGACUUGAAAUCCUCUCCAGUUGAUGAGAAUGAUGAAUUUGAUGAGAACUUUGGGGAAUUCAAGGAUGCAUCUUCAGAAACUGGAUCAAAGCAUGAGGAAGGGUCCAAGGUUGCUGAUCAUACUCCUUCUGUUGUAGAAGCACCAGCUUUUAGUGAUGAAAUCCAGAGGAAUGAGGUAAGAUCUGAGAAUCACAGGGAACCCUUGCCCAUGUCCAUUUUCAGUGAUGGAAAACUGGAAUCUGAUGAUUCGUUAAUCCUUCAAGAUAUUUCGAGUUUUACACCAACCUCCAACCCAAAAAGUAACAUCCAAAGUCCUGGUUCUAAUAUAUCUAUCAACGAUCUCUUAUCAACUUUAUACAGUCAAGCUGAGCAGAAUGCUUCUGUUAAUAAUAUGCCAAAAGAAAGUGACCAUGAGACUUGUUCCACCUCAACAGUGUUUGAAUCUGAUUUAGGCAACAGUGAUGAUUUUGAUGAUGAUUCCUGGGACUUUAAAGAUGCCAUUUCAGGAACCAGAGCUGAGGAUCAAACUUCUGAUAUUGAUGUUGUAGAUUCACAGAAAAAACUUUCUUCCACAUUAGAGCUAAAUGAUUGCGUUGAUUUCUUUUGUAACUUAAAGGGUGAAUUGUGCUCAAUUGCACUGUGUCAUCUUGACAAUCUGAAGAAAGCUCAAAGCACUGCUGCUCUAUCUGGUGAAGAGGCAAAAGCAAAAGCUCUUGAUGAGGAAAUCCAGAAAUUCUAUAAUGAACUACACGAAGAUAAUCUGAUAUCUGAAGAAGACCUGUCUGAGCAUCUAUCCCAAAGAAAUAGACACUUCAAUGAAUUUUUUGAAGUUUUGCAGGAACCAAAGUUCCAAGUGCUUGAGUCUGAAUAUGAGUUAUCAAGAAGAUUGUCAUUGGCAGAAAAGGAUAUCAGAUCAGCUAUUGAUCUCCUAAAAGAAGUGGCAUCAGCAGUAACAAUUCUAAAAUUGGGAUCAGCGGAGGAGCAACAGUAUUAUGUUUCAACCUGGUCUAAAAUACUCUCUGUUUGUGCUCAAGAGCUGAAACAUGGAGCCUUAAUUUGGAAGGAGUCAUUACAAAAGAAUGUUCAAAGUCAAAUAUUAUCUGAACCUCAAGGGAAGCGGUAUAUCCUUGCCCUUGGAGAAAUUUACAGAGUAGUUGAAGUUCUUCGAGCCUCAACCAAGAUUCACAAGCCGUGGCUAUUACUAACUUCUAUGGAUAACGCUGGCUUGGUUGGCCUUCUAGGUGAAUGUUAUAGUAUAUGGUCAAGUUCAGGAAUUGAAGAUGCUCUCAAGAGUAUUUCUGAUCCUAUUGAUUUCGAGUAUGAUGGAACUAUAAAGGCACUGCUGGAAUCUAUCAAGUAUAUUCAUGAUAGUGACGCACUUGCACUUCAAAAUCAUGUUUUCUCUGGACAACAACCUAUAUGUCACUUGUCAGCCUUGAGUGCCGGAAUUGUACCAGGCUUGAGACUGGUGGCUUGGAAUGGGGAGCACUACUUUCUCACACUUGCAAACUUGUGGGCAAAUCUAAUAAGUUGUGAUCCUCCUAAUUUGCCUCAAAUUCAUGAUAGCUGAUGAGAAGGAACCGUUCAAAAAGAAGUUAAUGAAGGCUUUAAGAGCUCUUCGGCUGUGAUCAAAAUCCAAGUCAAUUGUCUCCUCUGGAAUGAGGCUUUCGGGGAACUAAUUGCAGGUGCUUGACCAUAAGAAUCACGCAAGGGAAAGAGAAACAACAAUUUGAAUUUCAAGAUCUUGAUAAACAAAUGCGUGCUCGGUUUUGAUCAGGCCAAGUAUACAAUUCAAUCUUUCUUUUUCUUUUUCUUUACGGAUCAUCAUUCUUUUUGGUAGAAAUCAUAGCUUAGCAAUUGGAUGUAGAAGUGUUGUAUUAUUGUGUUGUUUUGUCUAUGUAUGUUCAGAAAGUGUUGAUAAAUAAAACACCCAUAUACCUAGAAAUAGAGCUGGGAAAGAGUAUUAUGAGUUGAGAGGGAAAAAUGAUAAUGAGAAUGUUCUUGUUUGUGAAAUAAAAAUAAUUACAUUGUGCAACAUAUGUAGAAUUUCAGGUCAAGACCAGUGUUUUAUUUAUGUUGGUGGUGGCGGAAUACAAUGUGAAUUGUGAAAUGAGUAAUGAGUAA